AGAAAGACGUGACUUUGCUAAGAAUCGAUAUUUUUUUGAAAAUAAACAUGAUCGAUCAUACUAACCGGAAGCGCGGAUCUUUCAGGAUUUUUUUCUAAUUUUUUUCGUUGUUUUGGAUUAAAAUGUGGGAUGCGUCUUAAAGAGUGGACCCUUAUACGUUGCAAUGUAUUCUGGUGUUUCUUGGAUUCGUCCGAAAUGAUCAGAACCGUGAUAUCGAAGUGCAAAAGUCUACGUUCAACGUAGACAAUUAUGGCCCGUCAUUGGCCCAGAGUGUACGUUCACUGUAGACUCUAGGCCAAUCAGAGAGCCGAACCGUCUACGUCCACCUUCCGACUAACUGGUUGGAAAUAGAAUUGAUAAUUGGAAGGCUGUUUCCUUCAGGAGAAGAUGGAUCCAUUGCUGCCCAAGCUAAGCUUUUUUGACAUAAGUGUGCCAAAAAAUAGGCAACAAUGCCUUCUUAGGGCAACAAAGGAGGCCAAGGCACUGGCGAAUCGAAACACGUGCUUCAAAAAGACAACAGUCGAGGACCAAAAGACGGCUUGUGAGGAAGCUAAAAAGAGAUGUCGGCACUUCACCUCGACUCCAUCAGAGGAGCAGUAUCUCGGUCAGCUUCAUUUGACCUUUGGAAAAUACAAUGGCCAAAGCUUUAAAUGGCUGGUCGAAAAUGAUGUUGGCUACAUUAAGUAUAUCAUUGAUCUGCAUGUAAAAGAAUGCCAGCAUCUCAAAAAAUAAAACCAUUAAUGACCGGAGGGUGAAGGACCUCCUCCUGAGGUAUGUGCAGCUGUUCCCUCCGGUCUCCUGCUACCUCGAGGUCAACGUGGACAGGGCAAUUUAUGGGCAGGACCGCUUCAGGUCGUUCACUUUCCUCGAGAUGCGGCAGUGGUACAGCCUGCACAAGCUGGGACCGGCCAAGAGAGAAAAUGGCGCAGGAGGCGUACACCUCUACAAAGCAGUGGCUGGUGAUGAAGGAGAAGGACAUCACCACCAAGUCCCAGAAGUGCUUCAGGCGCUACAUUCUCGAUAGAGAGAAGCCUCCACCGGAUUCCAAUCUUCCUGCCGCCACUUCCAGCUCUUCAAGAAGAGAACCAGGAUCAGUCAGAGCUUUAUUGCCAGCCGCUGCCACCUCCCAGUUGUCAUGGUCCAAUGACGCUCUGGACGACACAGUCUUCUUGCCCAUCUCCACCAGCCAGCCUGUGUUCGUCAGGAGUCCCGAACAGCUGCCGCUCUCCACCAGCGUGCCAGCAACUGCAGAGCAUCCUGAACAGACUCCUUUGCGUAAACGAGCAAGAAGGCAAAGCGCAGCAAGCACAAGAAGCCCCUGCUGUCCUCCACCAGCAAGGCUGUUUAGUCUCCCCCUGAUGCUCGCCCAGAGGAGUCAUCAUCGACCUCAAACAGCCAGACUGCGUCUGCCACCACCUUGCCACAGAGUGACUAUUCUGUGGAGCUGGAUGGCUGGGUGCGGCUGUGGGAAGACUCCAAUGGCAUCCCAUCUGCAGACAUCCCCUGGCUGAAGGAGGACAG